AGACCGCAGGUUCACUCGCACUCUGGUGUCGCCUCAAUUUACAGUUCAACAUGCAGAACUUGGUAGUACUUUGCGGUUUAUCUGUGGCUCUUUUCACCUCCGUACAGAGUGCUUUCCCUCCGCCCUGUGACAGAAUUCCCUUCAUUUUGUUUGACCUGUCUGUCUUGGCAGCGUUGAGCUGUUUCUCUCUUGCUGAACAAAAAGUUUGUGGGAUCCGCUCUCUGCUGCUGAAAUCCUGGAAGGCCUGUUCCCUAUAAAUGUUGAAUCCACCGCCGACACACAUUUACAGACACAUUUGUUGUUUUUAUUAUUCCCCUCUAGCGUGUAUGAGGUUGUCAGCAGACCUUUGGCCCCCUGCUGCUUAUUUUGAUGACUGAUAUGGUUUUAUCACCUCCCUGCAGGACUCUGUAACAGGAUGAAUGAAGUGUGUUGUACUGUAACACAGACAAGGCCUUUAUCGUAACUUUAAUAAUUCACAACUCUUUAAAUUGAUUUCAGUGAAAUAUACUGCUCCGGGCCUGUCUUGCAUCAGGUACAGACAGCUAAAGUGUUUGAGGAUGACAAGUACUUUGUUGACAUGAAGCUGAGGGAAACUCCUGAUGUUGUUUUGUCGGCUUUUCGCAACCUCUCACAUGGAUUGCCAAACACGACUGUGCCGUCCGGCAAACUGCAGGAGUUCCUCACUACAUACUUUGAGAAACCAGGGAUGGAGUUCGAGUCAUGGACACCGCCAGAAUGGCAUGAGAAGCCGAAGUUCCUAGAAGGGAUAGCAGAUGAUAAGCUGCGUAACUGGGCUGAGAAGAUUCAUGAGCUGUGGAAGUCUCUUGGCAGGAAGAUCCGCGCCGAUGUUAAAGAUCACCCAGAGCUCUACUCGCAGAUAUACACCCCACAUCCUGUCAUCGUGCCGGGGGGACGCUUCAGGGAACUCUACUACUGGGACUCCUACUGGGUCAUCAACGGGCUCCUGCUGUCAGAGAUGACAGACACGGCCUACGGGAUGAUUCAAAACUUCCUCUACCUUGUCAACAGAUAUGGCUUCGUUCCAAAUGGUGGGCGGAUUUACUAUGAAAGGCGCAGUCAGCCUCCAUUCCUCACUCUAAUGGUGGAAAGCUACUAUCAAGCAACCAGGGAUAAAGAGUUCCUCAGAGCAGCUUUACCGGCGCUGGAGCAGGAGUACCGGUUCUGGAUGCAGAACCGUUCCACGCCUGUGACAGUCAACGGGACUGAGCACGUGCUGAACCGAUAUCACGUGGAGGUGGGGUCGCCCAGGCCUGAAUCCUACACAGAUGAUCUGGAAUUGGCAGAAGGACUCCCUGAAGAGCGUAAGGAGCAGCUGUGGAUGGAUCUGAAAACGGGAGCAGAGUCUGGCUGGGACUUCACAUCCCGCUGGUAUAUAGAUGGUGACGGCAACAACAACGACACCCUCAAAGAGACCCGAACCAGUCAGAUCCUGCCCGUUGACCUCAACGCUCUGCUGUGUCUGAACGAGAAGGCUCUCGCUUUAUUUCACAGGACGCUGGGUGAUGGUGACUCAGCCGCCCCGUAUGAGCGGGCUGCAGCUCGCAGACUGGAGGCGAUAGAGUCUGUGCUGUGGGAUGCUGAGAGGGGAGCCUGGUUUGACUACAACCUGGUGACGCACUCCAAACACUUUGAGUUUUACCCCUCCAACCUGGCACCUGUUUGGGCACAGUGCUAUUCUCGGCCUGAGAUGGGAGAGAAGGCAGUGCAGUAUCUGAAGGGGAGUGGCGCUCUCCAUUACCCCAAUGGAGUUCCAACGUCGCUGAGAGAAUCUGGGCAGCAGUGGGACUAUCCAAACGCGUGGCCUCCUCUGCAGCACAUGCUCAUCGAUGGUCUAUCCAAGCUGCCUUCAGACGAUGCUAAACAGCUAGCAUUUGAUUUGGCCCAGCGUUGGAUCAAGACCAACUGGUUGGCAUACGAGAAGUAUGACGCCAUGUUUGAGAAGUACGAUGUGAACGGAGAUGGCAAACCAGGCGGUGGAGGAGAAUAUGAAGUCCAGCUGGGUUUUGGCUGGACCAAUGGCGUGGCCCUGCAGCUCCUGGACCAGUAUGGGGCGAGACUCACCUCAGGAAGCGGACGUCUGUCUUCUGGCCUCCUCCUGCCUCUGCUCAACUUUGUCGCUGUCAUACUCCAGUGAAACUGAGGUGACAAAAGAGCCUGGCCUGGAGGUUGGAUUUAAUUUUAUCACUCUGGCCCGCUGACAGACUUCAGAGAAACACAAAUUGACUUUAAAAAUGAGACUAAAGUCUGUGUGAUUUAACGAGGUCUGAUGUUUUUCUACACCCUGUGCGAUCAGGAUCACUUUUAUUUGCAGAAGGAACAGGAUGUGAUUUAUCACAACCAAGAAUCCCUUCGAUUAAUAUUUUAGUAUUUUUCCUCGCAGCUAAGUGAUCUCUGGCGAUAUCAGAAGAUGCAGAUCAUGUCGGCAUUUCUGGACUCUCUCCAGUAAUGCAGCCUGUUAGUGCUUACUGCUGCUUAGAUCACAACAUUAACUUGUCCCAGAUAUUGAACUGACACUACAGACAGUUAUUCACCUAAUUCAAUUAAAAAGUUUAUUGCUUUACAGUAGCUUAACUCCCUCUGAAGACUUCCGUUCGUUUGCAAACUGAAGUUGUAAUAUAAAGGAGCGUGUGAGAAAUAAAAUGUGAAGUGAAUGCA